AUGAUGGGGCGACAGAGAAUAGAAGCUCCACUCUUGGGCACUCAUGUCUCAUCUCCAAAUUACUAUAUUCAUGACAAGAAGAAACGCAAGGCUUUCUGCGUCUUUCUUUCUUUCUUAACCAUUUUUGCAACUGUAGGCCUACUAUUUUUUAGAGCCCCCUUCAAUUGUUGGGUACUAAGAGGAGGAAACAACUACAUCGACAGGAAUGAAGUUAACAGUGCUGAAAUUGUCGAGUCAGAACAAGGUGUUGUUGCUUCUGAUGAUGCUCGCUGUUCUGAGAUCGGUGCAUCAAUACUCAGACAAGGUGGACAUGCUGUUGACGCUGCAGUGGCUACUUCAUUGUGCGUUGGUGUUGUUAAUCCCGCGGGAAGUGGAAUAGGAGGUGGAUCUUUCAUGAUUGUCAGGUCUUCAUCUACUUCUACAACUCAAGCUUAUGACAUGAGAGAAACUGCUCCCUUGGCUGCUUCGAAGGAUAUGUAUGCAAACAACCUGAAUAACAAGUAUUCAGGUGCCCUGUCCAUGGGAGUUCCUGGUGAGAUUGCUGGCCUACAUGAAGCUUGGCUGCAACAUGGACGUUUGACUUGGAGGACUUUAUUCCAACCUGCCAUAAAACUUGCCAGGGAUGGUUUUGUUGUUGCUCCUUAUCUUGCAUCUGCCAUUGCUAAUUGUGCCAAAAAAAUCAUGAGUGAUUCUGGCUUGGAGCAAGUGUUCGCUCCGAAUGGGAAGUUGUUACAAGCUGGUGAUAGAUGCCGUAAUGUGGAGCUAGCCCGAAGCCUGGAGGCAAUUGCAGAACAAGGCCCACAAGCUCUUUAUAAUGGCACUGUUGGUGAGAAGUUAGUCAAGGAUGUAAGAGAGGCUGGUGGGAUUCUAACAUUGGAAGAUCUAAAGAAUUACAAGGUGGAUAUAAUGGAUGGCUUAGCUGCAAAGGUUAUGGACUACACUGUAUAUGGAAUGCCACCACCUUCAAGUGGAACACUUGGAAUGUCUCUGGUCUUAAACAUCUUAAACAGCUAUGGAAGUUCUGAAGCUGCAGAUGGAAAUCUGGGUCUGCAUCGCUUGAUUGAAGCAAUGAAGCACAUGUUAGCUGUUCGAAUGAAUUUGGGCGACCCUUCUUUCGUAAACAUAACCAAAUAUAUGUCUGAAAUGCUUUCCCAAUCUUAUGCCAAGAAAAUACAGAAAUUGAUAGUGGAUAAUACCACAUUCCCUCCAGAAUAUUACUUGAAUAUGAACAGGUGGAGUCAGCUCAGAGAUCAUGGAACUAGCCACUUUUGCAUUGUGGACACAGAGCGAAAUGCUGUAUCAAUGACAACAACAAUAAAUUAUGGUUUUGGAGCUGGAAUUCUCUCUUCUUCUACUGGAAUUGUGCUCAACAAUGAGAUGGGUGAUUUCUCAGCACCCACAGAGAUAACCCCUGACAUGCUCCCUCCUGCUCCAGCAAAUUUUAUCGAACCUAAUAAGAGACCUUUAUCUUCCAUGACUCCUAUUAUUGUCACCAAGGAUGAUCAACUAGCCGGGGUAAUGGGUGGUAGUGGCGGACUUUUCAUCAUUCCAGCAGUAACACAAGUCUUUCUUAAUCAUUUCGUCUUGAGGAUGGAACCCUUAGCUGCAGUUCAGAGUCCAAGGGUCUACCACAAGUUAAUACCCAAUACUGUGCUGUACGAAAACUGGACUGUGAUAGAUGGCGAGCACAUAGAACUUGCCGAGGAAAGAAAAGCUUUCUUGGUGGAAAGGGGUCAUCAAUUGAAGGCUCAGGCGGGAGGAGCUGUUGUCCAGUUUGUUGUUCAGACCCUCCAAAACCCCAUCGACAUGGACCGUCAAACUGCAAGAGAUUCUGUAAAUGCCCGAACAUUCCAUGGAACACUCACAGCAGUGAGCGAUCCGAGAAAGGAUGGCAGGCCUGCAGCCAUUUGA